GACGUCAUCACUUGUCGCCAUAUUGGUUCAGGAAGUUGAAAGUAUCAAAGUAGGAAUCUUGUUGCAGGUUUGCUGCUGUAUUUAUUCGAAUAUUCACUUGAUCUACACCAUAGUUUACGAUCAGCCGUGUUCAUUUAUGCAUCGGAAACCCUAAAACCAUCUUGAGGUACCGAAAUAAUUUGUAUUUAUCUGUUGUUUGGACGUGCAUCCAGAUGACUUCCCUAACACAGCGAAGUUCGGGCCUGGUGCAGAGGAGGACCGAGGCCUCUCGUAAUGCAGCCGCCGACAAGGAGAGGGGGUCCGAGGAUGAGGACUACGAGCCACGCCAAGAGGAAGAGGACGAGAAGGGAGACUCCAAAGAAACUCGACUGACGUUGAUGGAAGAAGUGUUGCUGUUGGGAUUGAAAGAUCGAGAGGGAUACACUUCCUUCUGGAAUGACUGCAUUUCUUCUGGUCUUCGAGGGUGUAUGGUCAUUGAACUGGCUUUGAGAGGAAGACUGCAGCUAGAGGCUUGUGGCAUGAGGAGGAAAAGUCUGUUGGCCAGAAAGGUGAUCUGUAAGUCGGACGCUCCUACAGGAGACGUGUUGCUGGACGAGGCCCUGAAGCAUAUCAAAGAGACCCAGCCCCCAGAGACAGUUCAGAGCUGGAUAGAGCUGCUGAGCGGAUCGGUCCUGUCAGCUCUGGUUCCCAUGUUCGCGUUUGACGUCCAUGUGAAUGGCUGCCCAUCGGGCUACCAAAUGUCCCAACGACAAACCAGCAGAGGUCCACUGGUUUUGCCAUUACACAAUGUUACUGAUCCUUUUCACUCUCCAUUGACAUGGUGGGGAGGUGAGCACUGGACACUUUGCCAUUGGAUUGUGGGGCAGGUCCAGGCAGACUGUCCUCUUGACUUCAUCUCAGGUGGCCACAAAUGCACCUCUGAACGACCAGGCGGGACUGCUGCACAGCUACCAAAACCGCGGACUGAGAUAGAAUACUAUCUUCUUGUUUCCGUGAUCUUCACUGGGAGGGUUGAACUCCCUCACUUGACUUUGAUUAUAUUCUUGUAAUGUUUUGUCAAUAUUUCCAAUAAUUUGGAUCUCCAGUCCAGGGUGUCACUAGCGAGGACGUCUCCAACUUUACGCAGCUGAUGCGCACAGUCCAGAAUGGCAGUUAGAUCUGGAGAGAAGAGAAAGUCAUAGUUUAGUCAAGCAAUUAAACAUAAGACAAUGUCUAAUUUGUGGUAAAAUCUUAAAUUCAAUGGCAAUUUUAAACAAAACUAUCAAAUUAGCUGUUGCGUAAUUACCUUGUCCAGUCAUAUUGAUUUGCGCUUGCUUUCUGUUUCUUUGUUGAGUUCUUCAAGAGUUCUGUUUGUACUUGUGGUACAGAGUAGACUGAGUAUCCAAAUGUGUUCAGCUGUGUAUGGCUUGUCAGUCAGUGAGUCUUCUGCUAAUGUUAGAAGUUCACUCCAUUAUAUAGCCUUAAUGAUGGUGAUGUAAGUUGUGGAUCCCCCCUGUGCUAGUCCCGUCUCCCAAUCACCUGCUGUUUUUACAGUCAUUUUCAAACCUAUGUUGUUAGACACGUCCUUACAGAUUGAACUGAAAUCAGAUAGGCAGCUGUUUAUCAUUGUAGGCUAAUUCCCUUGGAAGGAACACAGUGAUAUGUCCUUAUUUGCAUGUAAUCAGAUUGUGCUAUUGUUAUUCCAUUUGUACAGUGAACUUCAGUCAACAGUUACCAUAGCAAAAUAUUGUUGUUUGUGAAUAGAGCAGACCACUGACUCACCACAUCCUAAAGCUAUUGCUUAGGCUACAUACAUACAGUAUAUUCCAUUUUUAGUAAUACAUAUUAUAUAAUUGGUCAUUUGUGGGGUGGGCCUAGAAAAAAAGCAUGCAUCCAAAAAUGAAUUUUUGAGAUUCCCUUGGCCCUCACUGACAAUGGGUGCCCAAAGACCCAAGUUAAGGUUCAUAAGGACCAGAGAUACUAACACUAUACUAUUUUGUGGAAUAAAAAGAUCCUCAUAAAUAUCUGAAGUAUUGAUGCAUAAAAUACUAGACAGUUAUAUCCUUAUAAUAAUAGAACAUAUCAAUUAGGGAUAUUCUCUUGGCCUCCAUUUGAAAGUUCAUUGGCCCAGUGCACUUUGCACAGCAGCAAGCAACAGUCCAUAAAGUGUGUGAUAGGUGACGCUAUGUGUACAGUUAUGUUAAGUGUACACCACACCUGCAAUCAAUACUAUGCUGGCUUAGGACACAUGUUAUUUGAUUUAUCUUUUUUGGAUUGGGAGAGAGCUUGCACACUUACAUAAACCAGUCAUAAAAAUGUAUUGGUUUGCUCAAAGUAUAAUCGGAGUUCAUAAUUAGAAUUAGAACACAGGACAGGAACAUCUGUCAACAGUUCACCUGUGAUUAAAACAUACGUCAAUUGAUGAAGUGACAAACGACAAUUUAUAAAGCUAGAUUGAUUGUGCAACAUUGGCUAGUGUUUCUGAGAAAUGCAGGUGCAUUUGAGGAAUAAUUGUUGUCCCUAUAAUGAACAUUACAGAGCAUCAGUUGACCUUACUAUAUUGAGGUUGACCUUUCUGGAGGUUAAUUUUAAGGUACUUUGUGCUAACUUUCAUGGGUUAACAAACAAUGUCUAAUAUGUGUCAAAGUCCUGCAUCUGCAUCAGAUUCAGAACUGAUUUGAAGAUAAUUUCCUGAGUGUCCUUAUAACCCUGGCCAUAAURGCUACAGCAGUGGUGACUAACAUGUUGUGGCUUAUCCUGGGUGUGCCUAACAGAUGUGGGCCAGUACUGGACAGUUCUGCUGUGAGUGCACCUGCUGUCAGCUGACUMUUGGGUCCAAUUUAUUAGUGCACCCUAUAGCAAAACGUUUUGGAAAGUAAAAUGAAAACAAUGGUUUCUUAUUGGACAAGUUCAGGUAGUCCCUGUUUCAUUCCAUUUUACUUUCUAUUUGGUGGCUGGUGAAUAUGACCCUUGGUUGAACACAGAGGCUCAGAAUGACACGUUAAAGGGAACUUGUAAACGGAAUUAUAAAACACAAAUGUUAUGUUCUCUUCCCCUAAGGUUACCAACGUACUUUGACCCGUCCUUAACAUUGUGCCAAGGAAGAUUUUAUAGGAUGUUUUCAUAUCAGGGCAUCACAAUGUGGAGCAAUUGUUUGCUUCUGUUUACAAAUAUCUUGUCACCUUUAACCUACUCUCAACAAUAACAUCCUUUCUUCCAAAAAUGGAACCUUCAGCUGUAUAAUGAACCAAGAGAUAAAUUAACCCUUAAUGUU